CCGCUCGGGCUCUAGCUAACAUGCUAUCGCAGUACUAUUACGCGUUUUUGGUGGUACCGACGUUUUUUUGUGCCGGUUUUUGCCACGAAGAAUCGCACUGGCAACCAGCGUACGACUAUUACCAUAUAGAUUUAGGUGAUUUAGGGGGCCAUCAUGGGCAUGGGGACCUGGAAGUCAAGACACCCCUGCCGAGGGAUGUGAUGGUAGAUGUUAUUAACGAGCUAGGGGUAAAACUGUUAGCGAUCCACAACGAGCACAACGAAAACAACAUCGGCAUUUCACCCUAUGGAGCCCUUAGUGUGUUGGCAGCUUUAACAGAAGGCAUCCAAGGAGAUGCAGCUAGUGAAAUAGUUUAUGCAGCUCACAUUCCAAAAGACAAACACAUCAUGAGGGUAGGAUUAAGGGACAUACAUCGCCAUUUGAAGAGUUACUUUAUCCCCCCGGAAGGUUUUUUAGCUGGUCUCACGCUUAACCUUAACAACGUAACACUCCGUAGCGAAUAUGAAGAUGUUUUAAGAUUUUAUGGGUUUGAUUAUGGAUCAUUUAAUAAUGCCUUAUAUCCAGGACCCUCUACAACACCCGCUCCAUCAGCAGAAAAUAUAACUACACUAGGAACUACAUUAGGCGUUUCUGAAGGAGCUACAGAAUUGAAUGGAGAUGAAACAACUACCGUUAAAGCAGUGAAUAGAUUAGGCAGUCCCAUGCGCACUACACCUAGUGAAGAAACUACUAUAACUACAGUAUCAACUACAACAGAAAAUUUAGCACGAACUACACCAGAAACAACUGUGAAACUUACAGAAGUUCCAUCUGAAUUAACAACAAAACUAUCAGAAGAAACAACAACAAAAAGUUCAUUAGAAGUUACUAUGAGCACUACUCCUACUCCCACAACUUCAACAGCAACCGAGAGUACUACGCAAAGUACCAGAACAACAAUUGGCGACUCUGCACCACAAGAAUCUACAAUUUUGACAACAACGCAAAAUAUACUUCCCGCCAGUACAACUACAACACCUGCUAUAACUACAACUACAGAAAUAAACACUGUUACUACUACAGUUUUGCCUGAAACAACUACUACAGGCACUGAAGCAGUUACAGAUUCAACAAUAAAGGAGGCUACAUCAGAAAUUUCAAGUAGUACUGUAAAAACGAGUUUACCAACUGAAAAUGUUGCGGAUACAACUGAAACGGAGGUUUCUACAGUUGUAUCAACCACUUCUUUGCCUACUACGACAAUAAAAACAACUGUAACUGAUAUAUUAACAACAAUAACGGAACCUCCCAGUACAACAACAAUGUUAACAACUACUACAGUUCCCAUGACAGCCAAGGAAGAAAUUAUGACUACUCUAGAACCAGUUACACCCGCCAAAGAAACCACUCAAGUUACAACUGAAAUUUUAACUGAAAUGCAGACUACGUUACCCUCUACUGAAGUUACCAGUAAGGAAACUAUGACUACCGUAACGGCACCAACUACCGAAGAAGUAAAAACAGAUAUUACUGAAGCUAGUACCAUGACUACUGCUCCUGAAGGCAACCCAGAAACUACCCCACCUCCAGAACUACUCCAACAACUUCAAGACCUCCAAACUACCACUCCGUUCUUUAUCGGAACUACUCCAGAGUUUCAGGAUAUGGGGGAUUUUGAUCAAAAUAAUUUCGAUUUCAACUAUAAUUAUGACGCGAAUGCUCAGUUUAAUGGUACUGGUACUCAGGGAACUCCCUUAUAUGAUGACGCCAAUGCAGCGUUGCCAAAUACUAAUGAUUUUCCGAAUACUCCUGAAGGUUUUAACAGGAACUUUAGAAGAGUUAGAUCAGUAGCAGAUUAUGUUUUUGCAAGGUACUAUGAACAUAACAGCCAUUACAUUCCACCACACAAAAGGCCAUAUAGGCCAUAUUACAGGCCUGAAGAGCCUCUAACGUUCGCAGCUUAUGGGAAGUACCAAGAACCAGGAGUUAACUUCAUGAAGUACGAUACAGUAUUGCCUUUUUACUUUGUUCCAAAUUUAAAUGCUCUUGCCUUGAGUUUUCCUCUGGACAACACCAAAUAUUACCUUUUAUUGUUACUCCCUGUAGAUUUUAACGGAGUUGAUCAGCUAAUUUGUGACCUCAGGUUACACGGUAAUUUGAGAUUCAUCUUGGAGAACUUACGUUUAACUCACGUGAUAGCCACCAUUCCUAGUUUUACUCUCAAAGGGUACGUUACUUUGACACCAACACUCCAACAGUUGGGUAUUAGAAGGAUUUUCGAACCAAGACAGGCCGAUUUUUCACCGAUGACCAAUGUGACCGAUAUCUACGUCACAAACAUCGAGCAAGCUGUCACUGUGACCAUACGAAACUACUUGGAUCCUUCAGCGGAGAAUUACAAAAAUUUACGAAGAUAUCCACCUGUACAGUUUAGAGCCGAUCAUCCCUUUCUGUACUUUGUCAUGGAUACAGAGUUGAAUGUAGCUUUAAUGGUAGGAAAAGUGGUAAAUCCCCUAAACUCAAGAAUAAGAUAGCUGCCAAAUGAACUAUUUAAAUAUAAAUAUGUUUAAUUUAAUAAAUUGUAAAGAAAAUAAUGUAAAAUAAUUGUUAAAUUAAUGUAAUAAGUCAUAUAAAUUUGAUAAACGAAACAUGGAAUGUGAAAAUCUAUAAUUAUAGUUAUGGAUUUUAAAUUAGGUAGAACUUGGAGAGUUUAUA